AUGAUUUCAGCGUGCAGAGUCAUGUUUGUAGUGUGUGCCGUUGUUUUCUGCUUGAUGGCUCUGAGUCGUUCAGCUCCUCUGACCUGUAAAGACUUGCUCCGACCUUUGGAUCAGGUUGAUCUUCAUCACUUGGAGGGAAGAUGGGCUUUAGUUGCAGGCAGCCUGAGCGAUCCAACACUCAUUGAGAGAUUUGGACGUAGAGACAGCGCCUCUUCUAGCUUCUUCAACAACACCAGUGAAUCCAGCAUCUUGUUCAAACGUAUCUUGAAUAUGGAUAACAAGUGCCACUCUUCAUCCUACAACAUCUCCCUGGAAGGCAGCAGUUUCACCAUUAGGGAUGGCAAUGUCACCACAACCUUCACCCACACAACCUGCCAUGACUGCAUACUCUUGAGCUUUGAUGUUGAAUCAGGCAAGCGGCAGCAUUUUUACCUGUUCAGUAGGAGGAGACAGCUGGAGCAGAGGGAGAUGGAGGAGUUCAGGGCACAGGUGGCAUGUCUGAACAUGCCUCCACCUGUUGUGAUGGAUCCUACCAAGGAGCUUUGUCCAGAAGAGACACCCAGUGAUCCAGCAGCUGGACCCAAAGAGAAAGCAGAGGGAAAGAAGGACUGAAAGACAUUCAGAAGAUAUCGUUUUGAUGCAUUGUGUCAAAAUCAGUGUGGAGGUUACAUGCUGUGUUUCUUAAUAGCAACUAAUCUAUAACUAGAAUUAAAUUUGUUUUUGGAGCCAACAUUUUGAUAAAAGUGUUUUUCAACAUAUGUGAAACAAUUUUGCA